UUCCCUUCAAUACUUCAGUUCUUGUUCAGAUUGAGAAACCCUAUCACCCCAAACCAAUGGAGCAUCCUCACAAAGUUCUCACACUCUGAAGCAUCACUGAACCCAGCAGUUUUACCAACAGAGACUGAGCUGAGAACAAAGAAAAUCAUGCAGAAACUAGACCAGCUGAUCCCGCCCAGACCUUUCACCCAUGUGAAUACCACAACCAGCGCCACCCACAGCACAGCCACCAUCCUCAACCCUAGAGACACAUACUGCAGAGGGCAUCAGCUGGACAUCCUGCUGGAGAUGAGGGACCACUUCGGACACAGGAAGGAAUAUGGUGGGGAUUUCCUGAGGGCCAGGAUGUUCUCCCCAGCCCUUCAGGCAGGUGCUGCAGGAAAGGUGACUGACUUCAACGACGGGACCUACCUUGUCAGAUUCACUCUGUUCUGGGAGGGCCAGGUCUCCCUGUCUCUCCUGCUCAUUCACCCCAGUGAGGGGGCAUCGGCUCUCUGGAGGGCAAGGAACCAAGGCUAUGACAGGGUGAUCUUCAUUGGCAAGUUUGCCAAUGGCACCUCUCAAGUCCUCUCUGAAUGUGGCCUGACCCUAAACACAAGUGCUGAAUUGUGCCAGUAUCUGGACGCUCGAGACCAAGAAGGUUUCUACUGCGUGAGGCCUCCACAUGUUCCCUGUGAGGCCCUGAUCCACAUGGCCACCAGGAAUAGAAAUGUUUCCUAUCUUAGCAAGCAAGAGUGGAGUCUUUUCCACAGGUCCAACAUAGGGGUUGAAAUGAUGAAGAACUUUACCUCUGUCAAGGUCUUACCGUGUAACAAGAGUGAGAGCACAAAGAAGAAAUGUCAGAUUGGAAUGAAGAUUCCUUUCCCCGGUGGUUAUACUUUGAAAGGAAAGUGGAUUACAGCAUUUUGUGAACAGAUUGAGUUCAGUGCAACUGAAAAUAUAAAUGACUGCUUGAAAAGAAAACUUAUUUACCUCAUGGGAGAUUCAACACUGCGUCAGUGGAUUUACUACUUCAAAAAAGUUGUGAAAACCUUAAAAUAUUUUGAUCACCAUGGAACCGGGAUCUUUAAAACACAUGUUCUUCUGGAUGUUGAAAGACAUACUUGGAUUCAAUGGAAAAAACAUAGUCAUCCAUUUGUUACCAAAAACCUGUUCUCAGUGAAAGAUGAAAAUUAUAUCUCACGGGAAAUUGACCGGAUAGCAGGAGACAAUGACACAAUCAUUGUCAUUACCCUUGGUCAACACUUCAGACCCUUUCCCAUCAGUAUUUUCAUCCAUAGGGCCAUCAAUAUUCAAAAGGCCAUUGAACGUCUAUUCUUGAGAAGCCCAGGGACCAAGGUAAUACUUAAAACUGAAAACACCAGGGACGUACACCAAAAUGUAGAGAUGUUUAGUGACUUUCACGGCUAUAUCCAGAAUCUUGUUAUGAGGGAUAUUUUUGUUGAUCUCAAUGUGGGUAUUAUUGAUGCCUGGGACAUGACAAUUGCUUAUUUCACUAAUAAUGCUCAUCCACCUAGUUAUGUGAUUGGAAAUCAGAUUGACCUGUUCUUAAACUACAUUUGCUAG